UAUGCCACGGUAAUUAAAAGAACCCCGUGUUUAAAAAGAGUUUAAACUACUCGCAAAUCGCAUUCAUUCAUCCCCACAUCAGCGACGAGCUUUGUUGCUGCAUUAAAAUCUUAAUUGGUUUAACUAGUGGCGCUGACUGUCGCUCUUUACUCCUCCUCUAAUCGUCGCCGACAAUAUUGACAUUUUCUGCGAAAGAUGCAUCAACCACGCUAUAGUCCAGCACCAAUUGUGCCCCCCACAAUGAAUCCCAUGACACAUCCGGGUGUUGCCAUGAGACCACCACUGCAGCAGCCACAAAUGCGUCCUCAAAAUUUUUCAAAUGGAAGUUCUUCUACACCGGCCGCCACCCCAGUUGCCGCCGCUGUACCGCCUCCACCACCGCGUAACGUAUAUCCGGGAGCUCCGCCCCCAGCUCCUACGGUCACCAUAAAAGGGGUUCAUCGUCCGCCAGCCAUGACUAGUCCAGCAACAGCUGCUGCUGCUGCCGCCGCUGCGGCAGGUGGUUUAGCUGGGGCUCAAUAUCGCGGUGCUACUUGGACACCCCAAGGCUAUACACCGGCCGCAGCUGCAGCAGCGGCUGCUGCCGCCGUUGCUCAACAGGCUGCCUAUCGCUAUACAGCACCAUUGCCACAGCCAACAUAUGCCGCCUAUACGCCGCAUACAACAACUACACCAGCAACAACAACGUACGGUCAGCGGGUGCCCACAGCCACUUCACCAAGUAAUACAAAUUCAAGCAGCUCAUCAAAUACCGGAUCCCAGAGCGGAACAUUAAGUACUAGUCUAAGUAAUACCAAUACAAAUACAACAACAAUGGGUCCUAACAAUGGUACAACACAAAAUCACCAAGGCGAACAAUUGUCCAAAACAAAUUUAUACAUUCGAGGUUUACAACAAGGCACAACCGAUAAAGAUUUAGUUACUAUGUGUGCACAAUAUGGAACUAUUAUAUCCACAAAGGCUAUUUUAGAUAAAACAACAAAUAAAUGUAAAGGUUACGGUUUUGUGGACUUUGAGUGUCCUGCCUACGCUGAAGGAGCCGUCAAAGGACUACAGGCAAAGGGCGUUCAAGCUCAAAUGGCCAAAGUGGGUGUUUGGGUACUACAUAGGCCGGCCAUUCAACAAGAACAGGAUCCCACAAAUUUGUACAUUGCAAAUUUGCCACCCAGCUUCAAAGAGACCGACCUGGAGGGCAUGCUUUCGAAAUAUGGACAGGUGGUGUCAACAAGGAUUCUACGUGAUGCUCAAAUGAACUCAAAGGGUGUUGGCUUUGCCCGCAUGGAAAGCCGUGAAAAAUGUGAACAAAUCAUUGCCAUAUUUAAUGGCACAACUAUUCCCGGUGCCAAAGAUCCACUUCUAGUUAAAUUUGCCGAUGGUGGUCCCAAAAAGAAGAAUCUCUUCAAAGCUCCCGACCAGACCGGACGAACGUGGCGCGAUGUUUCAACCGAGGGCAUUCAAGUCGCAUACGAUCCAAAUGCCAUGCAACAGAAUGGUGUCAGCGUUAAUAUGGGCACACCCAUCGGCGUACCGUACUCACGUUUCGGUGCACCCCAGGUGGGUGGCUAUCCCAUGCCUACCUCACCGUGGUAUCCCGGCUAUAUGAUGACACAGCCGAUCACUCAGGUAGAUGAUCAGUAUGUGCAAAUGGCCGCUGCUCCACAGUUAGGCGUUGCUUCCUAUAAACCAGAUGCUGUCAAUCAAGUGCAACCACGUGGCAUAUCGAUGAUGGUUAGCGGCGACACAGGCGUUCCAUAUGGCACAAUGAUGCCCCAGUUGGCCACAUUGCAAAUUGGCAAUUCGAAUUUCUCUCCAUUACAGUAUAUUAGUCCAAGUUAUCCAUAUUAUGCACAACCUACAACAAUUAUACCAACAAUGCAAAUGACAGAUUCUGAACAGGCUAGCACAGCUGCAUCACCCGAUGAGGCAUAUACGCAGUAUCCACAUGCAGCCGCUCCCAAAUAGGUUUUCGCGAGAUGUAAUAUUCUAAUACCGCACGUGGCACUUUGAAGGGGCUGAUUUUGACUGGAUUUUUCAACAACUACAUCAACAACAACUGUGGCUGAAAGUAUUUAGACAAACAACAACAACAAAAAGAUAAUUCUUAAAAGAGAAAUAAAAUAAAAUACUAAUGAUAGCAACAACAACCAAAAUACCAAACAAACAUUCAUUUACAAGAAAAAGAAGAAGAAGAAAAAAAGAAAACUUAACAUAUUUAAAAAAGGAAACUUUUGUAUUUUUAAUGAAAAAAGAGGAAAAACUAAAGCAAAACAACAACAACAGCAACCAGAAACAGCAGCAACAACUUGAAACCGCAACAUAAUAAACAUGAACAUGAAGACGAUUAACAAAAUGAAGGAUAAAAUAAAAUAAAAACAACAACAAAUUCAAAACAGUAAAGCAAAGACUAAACUAUAAAAUAAUAAUAAUAACAACAAAUAUUAUUAUUUAAAUAUUUGAAACAAAAAAAAUAAAAAAACCAACUGAAACAACAUGAAGAAGAAGAAGAUUAAGAAAAAACAAACCAUUUUUUGCAAAAUGCAAAAUAAAAAAGAACAUUUAAUUUAAAAUUACAUUUAAAUAUAAAAUUAACUCUAGAAAUUUAAGUGAUCCGAGAAGAUGAUAAAGAAGAAGAAAAACACGAAAAGCAGCAACACGGGAAAUAAGGGGGGAAAUAACACAGCAAGUAAUGAGAGUAGAUGUUAGGAAACUGAAAGACAAUUGACUGUGUAGAAAGUUUUAACCUUGGUAAAGAAUAAUAAUUAUGGAAUCAAAGCAAGUUGAGAACACAGCAGACAACAACAAAGAAGUCGCAAAAUAGAGGUUAUUUAUAAACAUCUACACCCAAAGAAUUAAAAGUUGCUGUUAAAAAACUGAGGAACAGAAUAAAAAUUUACAAAAACCAACACAACCAAAAACCAAGAAAUAAAAUCUAAGCAAGCAAGCAAGAGGAACAAAACUUUACAAAGAACACUGAAAACAACAACAAAGAAAAACAACAACCCUUAGGUUAUGUUUAAUUUACAAGUCAUUAUUUUGCAUUGUGCAUUUGUUUUUAAUGCAAAAACUUCUAAAGUUCCUCCAUAAAUACUUGUAAUUAUUAUUUGUUUCAAACGAUUCCUUAAAACUGCCUUGCUCUUUAUAUCUUGUUUAAUUUUUUUUUAAUUCAUUUUAUAAAUGAUGUGUUUUCUUGUGUAAAUGUAUGAGUUGUAGAAAGUUUUUUUUUCUUGUGCAUUUAUUUGUUUUAUAUUAUUUAUUUUUAUUUUCAAAAACAUUGUAUAAGAUUAUGAUUUUUUUUUGUUUAUAUAAACACAUGACAAAUAUGUAAUAAUUUUCCUGCUAGUUGUAAGUUGUUGUAAAAGAAUUUCAUUAUUAUUUUUUUAAAAUUCAUGUUUAUUUUUGUCUAAAUGCAAAUUUACAACUUUCAGGACUAUUAUUAUAUAGACCGUAUUUGGUGCAAUUAGAUUGCAGAAAAAUAUACAGUUUUCCCGACAAUUUGUCUUCAUUGUUUUUGCGGAUUUAAUAGAAUUGUGUGAAAUCUGUAGUAAAUAUCGAGAAAUUGUAAAAUGCUAUUGAAAAUUUAAUCAUAAAUUAAGUUUAUUGUCAUUCAAUGUUAAACGUCAUUCGAUUUGCCUGAAAGUAUGCAGCACAAUUAUUUAAACUUUUCUAGGCAGUAAAAUGAAGUUCCCUUAAGAGAUUUAUACAUCAUUUCCCCAAUAAAAUGACUAAAACAGAAGUCCAAAAAGGUAUCGCCAAUUGACGCAUUGGUAAUACCUUUUUCCAUUUCCAUUUUGCACACCUCUAAAUUCAUACAUCGAUCAAUUUUAAAUUUCUGACUUUGACUACGAUGUGAUAGAAAAUUUGUAUUAAAGUGUAUCAUAGACUCAUAAUUAUUCAGGCAGCGGAAUGCUCUCACUCAAUAAAAAAAAUCGUCGCAAGAUUUUAUAUUUUACUUUUUGAGUCUCUUGAGGAUUUUAUUUAGUCUACUAAAUUUUUUAAAGUACUGUACAGCAUAUUAUGACAUCACCCGUUCAAAAGAAAUUUGUGAUAUUACUCAUUGAAUCUUUCUAUAUAUAUUAAAACAAUAUCUUUAUUGGAGACGCCAUUGAUGUUUUUAUAUAUCAUCUUCCUUGUGGAAGCCGUUUCGACUGGGUCAGUAAUCCAGUAAAUCAAUUUUCGAAAGGUUAGGAUUUUUGGAUGAUAGAAAUCGAUCUCCUCCUGAAAAUUACCAUAUAUUUCUAUUAAUAUAUAGACUUUUAAACAUUAAGGCAGCGAUAUGUUCUCGCUAAAAUUGGAGUUAAUUUUUUAAUUUGUUCUUUCUAGUGAAAGUCGUUUUAACUUGGUCAUCCCUGGCAGGAAUUUUGAAAUCUUUUGGUCUGUUCCAGAACCUGCAAGAAUCUACUAUUUUUGUAUAUUUUUUCGAUAUCAUAAAGGGAAAAUCUGUUAUCGUAGUAAGCAUUCUAGCAGUUCUGGAACAGACCAUUUGUCAUUCUAUGAACAGCGAAAUUUCUUUUCGUUUUGACUUUUAAAUCUUUUUUCUCAAUUUUUUACAACAUGAAGCUUGAACACUAUCGUAUAGACGGUCCAUGUUGGUCAUGGUUUUAAACAUGAGAAUCAUAAUUAAAUGGGUUUAAAAAGAAGGAAGCAAAUAAGAAAACCAAAUUUGUAAAAAUAAAUGAAGGAGAUUUAAUAAGGAAGAGGAUGAAUAGUACUUUGGCAAAAGUUUGUUUUGGAUAAUAAAGAAACCUUUGCCGUUCAAAUAUUCGAUAUUCGGAUGUAUUUGACUUAAAACUGCUAACAGUUUUAGGAAUCUCACUGCAAUCAAUCAAUUGUGAAACUUUGAAAGGCCUGUACUCCCAUAAAGUUGCGUUUUCUUUAAGCUAAGACAUCGGCAUAAUGGAGUUUGUUUUCAGAACCACAAUUUAUCUCUUUUCGGUCCAUUUUACAAUGUCUCUUUGUCAUCAAAGAACAAUUCAAUUGGUUUAACAAUCCACGAAGGAACUUCACACAUUUAACGUCUCAGCAUACGGAAUUUUUAUGAAAUCUGAUACUUUUAUAAAAUAAUGCGUAUUUGCCCUCUUUGAAAUAAGGCCUGUUUUUGUAUGACCAGUGCGAAUAAAAAACACAACACAUUGACAUCCAAAAUAUAUUAUUUAAAUUUUGAAUUUCAAUAAGACGUCAUCUCAUUUUCUUCGAGUACUUCGAGAGUUACUAAAGGCUUAAAUCAAAAUCCAAAAUAUUUUAAGUUUAUUUGAUUUGGCGCUUUUUUCGCAUUUAAUUUUGUAUCGCAUCCUCUAGCAAAAAAUACGUUUGCCUGGCGAAUUUUGGAGGAGAUAGUAGAUGGGGAGAAAUUGUCCUCGAAUCAAUGCAGCUACUUUGAACAAAUAACACGACGAAUAAUGUUUAAAAACGAGGAGAUGAGAGUUUGGAUCCGUUGUUUUUUUUUAUUAUUAGGCAGACAGUUUUUUUGGCAGACAAAGUCGACAAUUGUUUUUUUUUUUUUUUUUUUUUUUUUUGGAAAUUUAAUCUUCAAUGACAAAAUAAUCUCAUUUGUAAUUGAAUUAAAUUAAAUACUGAAAAAUUUUCAAAUAUGGGGCAAAUAACAAUUUUUCGGGAGCUUAUUAUAUCUCUUGAAAUUUAAAAUUAUCAUGAGAAUAAUUUCCCAAUUUGUAAUAUAACUCAAAUUAAAUACUGGGGGAAUUUUCAAGUAUCCGUUAAAUGAUUUUUUUAAGAAAUUUUUCAUUCCGGAUAAGGUUAAAUUUGAAAUGUCAAUAAAACGUAGAAACAUUGAAGACAAGCAAAUAAAUUGUUAAAUUUGUAAUUUGCCAUAACUUGUUUCCUUUUUUAUAUUUAUUUAUAUAUACUUCAUUUAAAAAUCAUAUAACAAAACACACAAAAUGAAACAUAUUGAAAACCAUACAAUAAAUUCAAGGGAAAUUAAAUAAGUCGAACGAAAAUAGAAAAUAAUAGUAAAAAAAACUUAGAAGACAAAAGUGUAAAACAAACAAAAAGGAGAAUAUAGUAGAUUUUUUAUAAAAAGAAACACAAAAGAAAAAACAAAAGAACAAAUAUGAAUUAAAAACAACAAAUGAAGGUAGGUUUAGAAGAAACAAAAAAGAAUCGUAAGAAUAGAUUGACAGAAAAAUAAUAGAAACUAACUUAUAAAGGCAAUGGCAAUGAGAAUUAGUUUAUUUAGAAAUAAAUAAAAAUGGCAAAAUGAGAGAGAUAUUUUGAAAAAAAAAAACUUAAAUUCGUUGAAAAGUAGUCGAAGAAAUAGAUAACUUGAAGUCUAUAAAGUCCACCAAUAUGAAGGCAAUACUAAAGAUUUUUUUUGUAUUUUUAUUAACACAAAAAAGAAGGGAAAAUAUAGAUAUUGAAAAAACUUUUACUAGAUACUUUGUAAGGGAAGCAAAAAUUACAAGAAUUUUUAGUUUGAUUUAAUUUAUAUAGUUUGAAACCCCAUUAUUAUUUUCUAUAUAUAUUUUCCAAAAUAAUUUCCCACUCAAACACACAUACCCAUACAUUUUAAAAGGGAUUUCAUAAAAAAAGUUGAGAUCACUUUUUCAAUACACAAGAAAAACCAAAAAAUUGAACAUGUAUCGCACACAAUGAUGACAAACAGUACUUUAGUAUAUAUGUCAUGUAUUUGAGAAUUAUUUCUUGGUUUUAGCUACGUUAAGAAAUUGUCCCCACUCUCAGAGAGUGAUGGCAGGCAAAUGUGUUUAAUAUAACAAUUUUUAGUGGUGUUGUCAAAUUGAAUUUUUGUAAACAAAUUGACAAAUUUAGAAAAUGAUGUUAUUAGAAAUAGGGGUUCAAUAGCACCACCACAAACUAUAUAGCAAACGCUGAUAGGGGAAAGAAGAGAGAAUGAUUGAAUGAAACGAAAAGUAAUGAAACAAACAACAUUUAGUAGUUUUUUAGUCAGUUGUAGAGUCAUAAGAUCCCGAAAAAAAAACAGAAAUGAAAUGAGAACAACACAACUAAACUGGCAAGUUAUUGUUUAAAUAACUGAAGUGAAAAAAAAAAACAGAAAAAAAAGAAAACAACAGAAUGUAGUUUUAUAUGAAAACAGAAAAUGUAAAAGAAAAAAAUGCUUAGUUUUUAAGGAUGAAAAAAAAAACAGAUGAAAUAAAAACAGAAAGUUUAGGUUUAAAAAAAAAACUAUGUUUAAGCUAGGUUAUCUAUGUAGUUUGUUAUUUUUUAAUUUAUAAAAAUUGUGUUUUAGUGAUUUCUUUUGCUAUUUAAUAUUAAGGUCAGUUUGAUGUAAUUUUUCCAUAAUUUUGUAUUUGUGAUUUUGUGAGGAAAAAACCUGUAUAUUUCUCUCUGAUUUUUUUUUGCAUAAUUUUGUUUUUCAACAAAACGUAACACAAAACAUACGACAUUCCUAUUUUAAGAAAAAAGAGAGCCAAUGUUUUUUUUUCAAGCUAUGACAAAACUAAAACCGAUUCUUAUACUCAAUCCCUUGGAUAUGUUUAUUUUUUUAUUUUUAUUAAAAUAUUUUUUUGUUUGUAAAAUAAUUAAUGGCCCCCAUAACGAAAGACCCCUCGACUUUGUCAUAUGUUUAAUUAAAAAAAAAUAUAUAUGUAUAUAAGAGCGCAUAUUUGAAAUUCUAUUGAAUGGUCCAAUAAAAUAGUAUUGUAGAGUUACCAGGUGAUUAAAUUUUUUUCUACGUUUGUCCGACGUUCGGCGUUUUUGAAUAUUUUAAAAUUCAGUGAUCUAAAAGAAAAGUCCCCGUGGGGCGCGCAUUUAAGAAUUUUGAAGAACAAAAUGCUCAUAAAAAUGGCAAUAAACAUUCGAAUAUCUUAAAAUGUCACACAUUUCUACUACCGCAAGAUUUGGUGCGAAGAUGAUAGAUGUCGACCCACCCCUACUGGUACCUAUCCCACAAAGGUUAAAAUUUAUAUUCGAGUGUUCGAUUUUUAUUCCCUCCGCCAUUCUAUGCAGGGUAUAUUAGCUUUGUCAUUCCGUUUGUAACUCCUCGAAAUAUUCAUAACAGACCCUACAAAGUAUAUAGAUUCUGGAUCAGCGUAAAAUUCUAAGACCAUCUAUAGAUGUCCGUCUGCCUGUUGUAAUCACGCUAUCUUUCGAACGAAUUGAGAACGAAUGCUAAAAUUUUGCAUACAUGCAUAGUAGGCAGUUUAAGUUCGUAAAUCGUCCACGUCGAUCCACGUUAUCGUAUAGCCCCCCUAUAACGGUACCUCCUGAUAUUCGGUAUUUUCAUGAUUUUAGCGACAUUAUUUACCGGAAUUAUUUCAAAUUUCAUCUUUUAAAUACGUAAUAGGUAGCACAGCAUAUGACAAAAAUUGUCUAUGCAGGUCCACGUCUUCGUAUAGCCCCAUAUAACGGUACCUCCCGAUAUUCGGUACUUUGAUGAUUUUAGCAACAUUAUUCACCGGAAUUGUUUCAAAUUUGGUGUUUGAAGUUCGUAAUGAAAACUACAGCCUAAGACAAAAAAAUGUCUGUGCGUCUUCGUAUAGCCCCCAUAUAACGGUACCUCCCUAUAUUCGGAAUUUUGAUGAUUUUAGCGACAAUAUUUACCGGGAUUAUUCCAAAUUUGGUAUUUGAAGUUCGUAAUGAAAACUAUAGCCUAAGACAGAAAAUUGUCUGUGCAGUCCAGGUUUUUGUAUAGCCCCCAUAUAACAGUACCUCCCUAUAUUCGGAAUUUUGAUGAUUUAAGCUACAUUAUUCACCGAAUUUCUUUAUUUAAGUUUCGCAUUUGAAUAUUGUAAAGGUUUAUGACAAAAGUUGCCUAUGCAGGUCCAUGUCAUCGUAUAGACCCUAAUACGUCGGCUACAUUUAGUAUUUUUAAGAUUUCAACAGUGUUUUUAACGGAUUAUAUUUUUUCGAAAUUUUUCAAAUUCGUUACAAAUGGUGGAGGGUAUUCAAAGUUCGGCCCGGCCGAACUUACAGCUUUUUUACUUGUUUUUAUUAAAAUUGAAAAAAAAAUGUGAAAAUCGAAUUGUGUCUCGAAAGAAAUUUAAAUAUGAUCGUUUGGCACGUGAUAGAUCUCUAUAUUUUUCUGAGGUCAUGCCAUACACUGUUCAACCCCGCAACCUCCUUUUUAGAAAAUUCAAAAUAACGUAGAUACAAUAUUAGAAUUUAAUCAGGGAAAAAUUAAAUGGGUGCUUUAUUUCAAUUAUAACUAAAGGUGCCACUUUAUUAGUUCAUUUAAUUUCCUGCAUACCUUAAUUGAAUAAGAAGAAUAAAAAAAUUAUUUUCUACAACCCCUGACUCCACUAAACCCUGGCUCAUCUCAAAAAAGAAUCUUAAAAACAAACUAUAAAAUGAGAAGAAAAAUAUUUGCAGAAAAAAAACUUAUUGAUGUUAUAUGAAUAAAAAAAAAUAACGCCAAAUGUCUUCCUUAUUUUUGACAUGACAAAUGAAUCAACAGUAUAUAUAAAAAUGUCUGUAUGUACAUCUAUUAUAUAGUUUUUAAGACUUUUUUCUUUGUCAAAGAAAACAACAACAACUACAACAAAACAUACAAAUCUAAAUAAAACAUCUAAAUAAACGAAACAACAAAAGAAAAAACACAAAACUAGACUGAUUAUAAAAUUUGUAUAAGAAUUACAAUGCUAAACUUUAAAACAAAAAAGGAAAACUAAAAUAAAAAAAAUUAAAAUAUUACAACAAGAACAUCAAAACAAACUAAAUAAAGAAGAGAAAAAAACAUAAGUUUUGUGUUUCGUUUCGUUUUUGUGUUAAAGUAGAGAACCUUAAAUUGCAUAUAUAAAAUGCACAUUCCAUAUAUCAAACCCCAAUGCCCCAACGCAAAAUCGGAAUAAACCCAAAAUCACAAAUACAAAAUUAUUAAGGAAAAGUAAAUGCUAUUUAUUUUUUAUUUCAUAUUUUUUUAAUUGUGCAAUGUCCUGUUUUAAUUUUUAUGUUACUAGAAAUAAGAUUAAUUUUAUAUAUUUUUUUUGAUUUCUUUAUGUCAUUUUUUGCCUAGCAAAUUAACAUUUAAUUUUUAUUUAUAAUUUAAGAAAUUAAAAACUUUAAAUAAUAAGAACUUGUUUUAAUUUUUAAGGCAAACAAGUAAUUUAUAAGUGAAAUAAAUAAAAAACAAAAGCUUAGAACAUAAGACCUUAGGCAGAACAUAGGUGAUUUUCAUUAUUUGUUUUUUUUUUUUUUUUUUUUUUGGAAUAAAAACUCUACAUGAUAGGGUAACCUUUUUUGAUAGGUCUAAGUUAGUAUUGUAUUAAGAAAACAAAAGAAAAACACAAAACAUUUUUGAUGUAGUCUUAAAAUCCUUUUCAAUAUUAUCUGAAGGAAAAAAAAACGAAAAAACACACCCAAACAUUUUGAAAUUAGAAGUUUAAUAAAAUUUAAUGCAGUUUUUUCAUUUUUUACGAAAUAUGCAAAGGAAUAUAUUGGAAUAUAACUGGACUUUUCUAUAAAAAGAAAAUAUUGAAUUUCUUCAAUUAAAUACAAAUUUAACAUUUUUCCGAUUUUUCCACUAUAAUUCCUAAAAUGUCCUUUUCAAGAAAAAUUGCAUUAAAAUAUUUUUCCUAUCUAGUUUUUUUUCUAUUUAAUUUGUUACUUGUAAUUAAUGUUAAGACCUCUUUUCGUUAGUGAAGUAACCAACAAAGCAUAGGCUCUAAGAUAGAAAACCAACAAUAACAACAAAAAUGUUUUUUGCUGUAAUUUAAGUAGUUAAUUUAUUGCUCUAUUUUUUAAUUGACUUUAUUUUUAAGUUUAAACAAAAAUCAAAUGAUGAAAUGCUUUUAGUCUAUGCGAAUAGGAGAUAGACAGACGGCCAAUGAGGAUAUUUUACAAGCAGUAGCCAUUGGCGGUCGUGAUUUUUUUAUUUUCUACUUUAUUUAAUUUUAUUAAUUUAGUUAUAAGAAAUUUGUUGUUUUUUUAAUUUAGCUAAAGUAAAAUAAUGAUAAUAACUAAAAAUUAAAUGCAAGUUGAUUUACAUUUUUUUUGUAAGAAAAAAAGAAAGAAAAUACGUUUGACGAGGAAUAAGACGACGAAAAAGUUGUAUUGAAAUGUUGACAAAAAAUAAAAUUGAUUAGCGUGAAAUAAAUGUUUGACAGAGAGUGGCUUAGAAUUUAAAUAAUUUUGUUUUUUUAUUUAGUCUUAAUUUUCUGUUUGCUUUUUUUCUUUUAGUGUGAGUUUUGUUUUAAUAAAUCUAAUUUGUUUCGUCAACAAGAAAUUAUUUUUGUUUUAUUUUAUUUUUGUUUAUUUUUAUGUGUUAAAUAACAAACGCACAAUUAAGGCAUCAUACAUUGCAUUGCGAAUAUUUUGAGAAACUAACUUGAAGAAUAUUACAUAUUGGAAACACGUUUAAUUGGGCAUUUUUAAAAGUCAUACAGAAGAUAAAGCCACUGAAAUGGACUUUAAUGUCAUUUAAUGUUGUUAAAAUAUAUCCUUUUCAACAAACUUUAAUAAUUUUUUACUUUAAAACUGUGAAUUCAAAAAAUGUUUUCAUUCCAUUUUAAAAUUUACUUUCAAAACUAUUCACGCUAGACGAGUGGCACAUUUUUUGCAAAAAUAAAAAUAAGACCAUUUGACGUUUUCGUGUUGAUUGCAUGAUCAAUUAUUCGUUUUUAUACCCUCCACCAUGGUAUGUCAUACUGUUUGUAACACCUCGAAAUUUACAUUUUAGACCCCACAAAGUGUAUAUAUUCCUGAUCAGCAUGAAAUUCUAUGUCUAUUUUACGAUGAACGUGCGUCUAUCCGCGCGUCCGUCUGUGGAAAUCAUUCUAGCUUCCGAACGAAUUGAAGUUGGUUGAUAAAAUUUUACUCAAAUGUGUGUUUCGUCCGCAGCACGCUAUACGUCCACGUUUAGUUAUAGUUCCCAUAUAACUGUAUCUCCCUAUAUUCAGUAUUUUGAUGAGUUUAGCGACAUUGUUCAGAUUCGUUUCAAAUUUCAUAUUUGAAUUUCCUAAUAGGUUAUUAGACAUGUACGAUAAUUUUUAUACCCUCAGCCAUAUGGCUAGGGAUGGUAUAUAUCAUUUGAUACGGCCAAAACUUGCCUAGUCGAAAUAACGGUUUUAGACCCUAAGUCUCCUUGUACCAAAUCCGUUUCAGGACAUUUGGAGUUGAUCUAGCGAUGUCCCUCCGUCCGUCUCCCUGUCUGUCUGGCUGGUGCGCACGAUAACUCUCGAAGGGAGUAUCUGCUUUGGUCUAAACUUGGUACGUCGUUAUAUUUUUUUCAAGCUUAGAUCGAGUUCGGAGAUGGACAAUAUCGGGCCACUCCUUCUGAUACCUCCCACACAAAAGGUCGAAAUUUUCAAAAAAUAUUUGCAGAGAAAAAGAAACUAAUGUUUGCUUCAGUACUAGGUCAGGUGCGAAAUGGACAAUAUCGGUCCACUGCAUCAAGUACCUCCCCCACAAAUUUCAAAAUUUUGAAUAACAGAACAGUGUGGCUUGUUUGUUCGGGAUACCGUAGUAUUUUGUUGUUGCAAAAUUUUUAGGCUUUAUCCCUUUAUUGUUGUUUUUAUAAAAACAACGUUUGUUUAUUAGUGGUGAACGAUGGUAAUGUUUACCAGGGGGUAAGGCAGGGAAUACCUAGGUUUCGGAAAGAGCCACCAAUCCUCAUCAGUUCCCUUGUUUUUUGUCUGCCUUGUCUAUUAAACAAGCCACACUGUUCUAUUAAUAGACAAGGCACGGUCGACGAAGGGGUUUUUGUUGUAACAGACAAAACCAACUUACAUGGUUAUGCUAUUUCGUUCAGGUUGAACGAAAGCAUAACAAGUGGAGAAAGAUGUAAAUGUUUAUAAGUGCGGUUGUAAGAUUUAAAAGACUUUCCAAAAGAAUUUUAGUUUUAUUUAAUUCUUUGGUUCCUCUUCUAUUGAGCUUACGAUCUCGUCACUUGGGUAAAAAAUGUUUUUUGUCAUAGAAGUUAUUUUUAAAAUAACAUCUGGGGAGAAUAUCCCAGACAAAAAACAAGGGAACUGAUGAGGAUUGGUGGCUCUUUCCGAAACCUAGGUAUUCCCUGCCUUACCCCCUGGUAAACAUUACCAUCGUUCUCCACUAAUAAACAAACGUUGUUUUUAUAAAAACAACAAUAAAGGGAUAAAGCCUAUAAAUUUUGCAACAACAAAAUUUUGAAUAACUACAACUCUUAUAAAAUGCGAUGUAAGAGUCCGAUUGUCUUCAAAUUUCAAUCAUCCUAAUAAUUUUAUUAACCCAAAGUCUGGUGUAAAGGUGGAAUACGUCGGUUCGCUCCUUCUGGUUCCUCCUAAGCUCAUAAACCGCGAAAUUAACAUCCGAUUCCAUUUAGAAUUGACACAUCUGAAUAUUUCUAUCAACACAGGAUCUGUUAAUAAAAGGGUAGAGAUCGGACAAUUCAUUCUGGUACCUUCCCACAAAGGAUCAACAUUUGAAUAACAAAAACGUUUAUAAAAUCCGAAAUAAGCACAUCCCACUAUUUCCACUAACAAAAGAUCUGUUGUGAAGAUGAGAUAUUUCGUCAACUCCAUCUGGUACCUCCCCCACAAAGGCUUUAAAUUCUGAAUAUCCAUGAAGCUUUUAAAAAGCGAAAUUAACAUCCGAUUCCAUUCAAGACUUGGUACAUCUCAAUAUUUCCAUCAAAACAAGAUCUGUUAUAAAGAGAGAUCGGACCAUUUAUUUUCCUACCUGCCCCACACAGGGUUCAAGAUUUUGAAAAACAAAACGCUCAAAGAAAGCGAUAUAAGCAUUCAAUACUCUUCAAAUCUCACACAUAUAAACAUUUUUGCUAAUACAAUAUCUGUAUUGAAGAUGAUAUAUGUCUGUUGUACAGAUGAUAUAAGGUCACAAUUUUCAAUACUUGUAUAUGUCAUAACUUGCGGAACAAGUCAAAGAUUCUUUACAAAUUGCUAUAUCUAAAUAUAUCUUUUUUGCCAGAAACCUGAGAUGAAUAUGGAAUUAAUGAUUUUCCAUAAAUUGGAUAUAAAUAUUCGUAAUAUUCUUGUAAUAUUACCCAUACGAAUAAUUUUAUAUUUCUUAGAUGAAGCAUGAAAAUGGAAUUCUUCGGCCGACUAUAUCUGGUACCUGACGCUUUUUAAAACCAAGUCCAAACCUGGUACGUCGCAAUAUUUAUAUCAUCUUUAUUUAGGUCCGAUACGAUAUGGCCAAUAUUGGUCGGCAAAACCGACAGAUACUUUUAUGCUUGUUUUAAAAAUUUUUAGAAAUUUGAUACAUUUUUCAUUCAAAAUUUUCAAUUCCAAUAUUGGUUUGACUUUUGGUAUUAUUGGUAUUAUUGGUAUUGGUAUUAUUCCACCAUGGUUUAUUUGUAGUGAGUCAGUUCAUGCGCUCCUUAAUCGACUAAAAACAACGUUUUUUACUGAACUAGUUCACGAGCUUUUCCAGUGAAUAGUUAUAUUGAACACUAGUUUGCACAGUGAUUAUCAAAAAUAACAACACAACAGAAAGAGAAGAAAGUGGAAUAAAAAAACGAUUAACAGAUAUCGAGUUUGUGACAUUUAGACUUUUCAAAUCGAAUCAGGAGUUCCAAGUGCGGACUCGAAAAAGUGCAGUGUUUCUCAAACAAAUAUAAAAGUUAUUUUUAUUUUUUGGUAUACUUUUGUUUAUUAUUAUUAUUUUUUUUUUUUUUUUAAUUUAAUAUUUAAAACAAAAGAAGAAAACGUAGUCCCCUAAGGACAAUAUCUUAUGAGUUUUUUUACAAGUUAAAAUGGCGAUGAUGAUGAAUAACAUAUAUUUUUUUGAAACUUUUUAAAAAUAAAAGAAAACAAAACCUAAAAUACACAAAAACCACAAAAAACUGUUAAAAAAUAAUAAAGCUCAUAGAAGAAACAAAACAUACAAGUUGCUUUAAACAAAAACAGAAGUAAUAGAAAACAUAAAAUGGAUGAAACAAAACACAAAACCAGAAGAUGAAGAAGAAAAAAUCAUAAAAAUAAAUAAGACAAAAUGCAAGAAAACGCAUUCAGCAAAACUCUAAGCUUAAGAAUAUGAAAAAAAUGAAAAAACAAAAAAAAAGAACUUGUAAAUUUCGCUUGUUGCUCUUUAUUAAUUUUUAAGUCGUGCUUGGAGGAAAUUUUUCCCAAGGACAAAUUAAUGGAAUGAAUCUUUGAAAGAUAUUUUUUUCCUUAUUAAUUUUAGCUGUAAAACAAAACAAAAAAAAAACAAUUUUCUAGGAAACCUUUUUGAUUAUAGAAACAAAAAUGUGUGUAAUGAUUUUAUGUAUUUUCCAGAUUUGCAAUUCCUAUACAAACUUGAUAUACUUUGAAAACUAAACGAACUAAAUAUGAGAAUUGAAAAUGUGUCUGAAUUACCAAGGAUAAUGGAAAAUGGUCGGCAAACUCUUUAUCGAACUUUUCUCAGCAUAUUUUCAAUUUUCCUCCUUUUCUUCCUUUCUUAUAACUGGAAAUGCAUUAAUUUUUACCAAAAAAACGAAAUAAAAGAAGAAAACAAAAUGUUUUUUGAAAAACAAAAAAUGGGAAAAACCUACAACAUUAGUUUAGAUAAGAAUGCAAGGCUUUUUGUGCUAAUUUUUGCUUAAGUCUUAAUAGUUAAAAAGUAAAACAAACCAAAAAAAUAAAAAAAGAAUCAAAGAAGAAAAUAAGUAAAUCAUAGGAUUAAAAACAACAACAAAAAUACGAAAAAGAAAUCAUGAAAAAAUGGAAACUGAUGAAAAUAAGAUGCAUUCAUAUAUGCAAUACUAGAACAAAAACAAA